AUGGACAACCCCUCCGAGCCCACUGGAGCCUCAGCGCCGGAUGACGGAGAUGUGGUGAGCCUGGCCUCGCGGCUGUCCGGGAUCAAGGCCAGCUCUGGCCCCCAGUCUCCGGCCGAGCCCGCGGAGCCGGAGCCGGAAGCCGUAGAGACUUCGGAGGGAGGCGCCGCCGCGGCCGAGCCCCUCGAGCCGACCGAGUCGGACAAGCCUGCCGAGCUCGCCGAGCCCCGGGGAGGGCCGGCGGCCACCGAGGCGGAGGGCGAGGAGGGGCCCGGAGAGCGGCAGGAGUCGGCCGAGUCCGGGCCAGAGGAGCCAGCCAAGCCGGGGCCCGCAGGCGGGCCCGAGGAACCCGAGGAGGAGGAGAGGGAGGAGGCGCCGGAGGACGAGGAGGCGGAGGCGGCGGCAGCCGCGGAGGCGGCAGGGAGGAAGAAAGCCUCGUCGAGGGUCUCUCCGCCGCUGUCCACGACCGGCCAGGAGGAGGCGGCGCCAGCCCCGGAGGCUGAGCGGAAGGGACCAGAGGAGGAGGCAGGGAGCGAGGAGAGCGAGGAGAAGAGUGCAGAAGGAAGCGGGGUGACAGGAGACUCCGAGCAGAAGGGUCUGGACGAGGGCCUGCAGUACGAGGACUUGGAGUGGACGGAGGAGGUGCAGAGGCGGCAGGAGCAUCAGCUGCGCUCUGAGCUCCUAGACCAGUACCGCUCCCUGCUGGUGGAGCGGGGCCACUACCAGCGCUACAACGUCUACCUGCAGCACAAGAUCUUCUUGGCGCUGCGCAGGAAGAAGGGCCUGGAUGCUGCCGAGGUGCCCGAUGUGGGCCCGGAGCCCGAGGCCCCCGAGAAGGAGCGCGCAUACCUCAGCUACCUGGCCGUGCUGGAGGAGCUCAGGAAGCAGCGGGCCGACGACCUGGACUGGUACCGCCAGGAGCUGGGCCAGCUGAAGCAGCAGUGCAACGAGAAGCUCUCCAGAGUGGAGAAGGAAUGGCGAAGCUUCCAGGCACUCAAGAAGCAGGUGAUGAUGCAGGUCAUGGGCAGCUGUAGGAUGUGGGGCGGCCGCCAGGCCGCUCUCCGGGAGGUGGAGCAGCUCCAGGCGCUGGAGGAGAAGAAGGAGAAGGAGAUGAGCGCCGUGAGAUUAGAGAACGUGCAACUGAAGCAGAGUCUGGCGCACUUUGAGACCAGGAUGAGGGCGCAAGAGGACACGGUUGACGGGCUGCUCUUCAUCGAUUUUGAACAGCUUAAGAUCGAGAACCGGACCUUCAAUGAGAAAGUUGAGGAGCGAAAUGAGGAGCUUUUGAAACUGCGCAACAAAGUGAACAACAAUGUGCAAAUAAUUACCCAUGUGAAAGAAAUGUUACACUUCGUGGACAUGGAAAAUGCAUGCAAAAAGUCACAGCUUUUGGACAUUGACACUCAAGUGGCCCUAAGGAGGGACAUCUUGACCAAGACUAAGCAAGCUCGGGACAGCCUGCGGAGCGACAACAUCAAGUUGAAUCAGAAGUGCGGGCUUCUGGGCAAGGAGGCCCUCCUCCGCGACAUGGAGGAGAAGGUGGGCGAGGCCGAGGCGCUCAAGCAGCGCCUAGACGCCCUGAAGCGCCACCACGCCGGGCUCCUUCUGUCCCGCAGGGGCGUGAAGCAGAAGAUCCGGGAGGCCAAGGCCUUCCUCCCCUCCUGA